GCUUCGUCUGGUAUCUCUGGUUCCCGGCUUCCCGGUGCACCGAGGGCUCGAACACGAUGGAUUUGGUGUCAAACAUGCUGGGUAUUGAUAAAGUAAACAUGGGUGGAAAAUUAAUUUUAAUCGAAGAGCGACACGAAACAGAUGCAAACUUUUUGCUGAGUUCAAUUAUUUUGGAUGCUUUGAAGAAGAAUUACAAUAUCUGUUUGGUGCUCUUUCACAAUACAUUCAAUCACUUCCAUAACGUGAGCAUAAAAUUUGGUUGCAACCUUGCGAUGUUGAGAAAAGAAGGUAAGGUUAAAGUUGUGGAGCCAAUGAAAAUUGUUGCUGCUGCUUUGCAAAACAUGGACAAAGGAACUGCCGACAAUAUAGUCCAUCAUUUGUUGACUGCAAUCAAAAAUGAAUAUGAUGCACCUGCGGUUAUUGUAAUUGAUGACUUAAGCCAUCUCUAUAAUCUGGGAUUCCAUUUGAGAGAUGUUGUGUAUUGCAUGAGAUAUUUGAGAUCGUUAAUAGAAUGCAAUAAAGAGUCUCAGCUUUGCAUCGUUGUUCACACAUAUGAACAGGAAUCGCAAAGUUGUGUACCAGAUACUUUUGUGGAUGGUCUGAAGCAUAUGUCGCACUUAUUCCUAGCUGUUGAGCCUUUUGAAACAGGAUAUUCUAGUGACAUGUCUGGGAAAAUAACAGUGAACUGGAGGAUAGAUUGCAUCAGAAGGAAAUAUAACUGGUCGGAGACAGUAAAAUAUGUUUACAAGUUGUCGGAUCAUCAAGUGAAAGUAUACACAUCUGGCAAUGUACCAGGCUGAUUGGUAUGUAACUAAUAUUCCUUAAAUGUAUUUUAGAUUUCUUACCAUUGUAAAUAAUUACAUACAAAAAUUGAAAUAAGAUAUUUUGUCUACUAUCUGCCAAGUUUUUAAUCAUUCAGCUUGUUACAAGAUUAGAUGUUAAUUUAUUACAAGUUAAAGGAAUACAAGAUAAUAAUAAAUUAGAAUCACACACACACACUCUCUCUCUCUCUCUCUCUCUUUUGUAUCGCUCGUUGAUCUUUCUGAGUGCGACUGCCGAAUUUCGCGUUGUUCGUUUUUUUUGGCAAAAUAUCACUAAAUAUCUCAAAUCGGUCCAUUGUGUAACAGACUGGUUUUCAUUUCUUUGUUACUAACAUAAAUAAUAUAAUUUUGUUUUAA